AACAAAAACAUCCCCCCAUUUGAUUUUUUUCUCUCUCUUGCUCUUCUUAUUCAACAAAGUACACAGAAGAAAGAACAAAGUAGAGAAGAGAAAAAAAUAAAUAUUCUAGUGACAGAAAAUUGUUCAUAUAUAUACUAUGUUUUAUUUUAUGGCGAUUUUUCUAUCUUUGUUGAAUUGAUAAAAUUUUAUUUGAUAUGGAAAUGCUUGGUAGACGAUCAAAUUCAAAUUAUACUUUGUUAAGUCAAGUACCUGAUGAUAAUUUCCUUUCCCUUCCUCCUCCUAAAUACGGAGGAGGAGUGGGCGGAGCUAGUUAUGAGUCUGGUAAUUCUGAUGGUCACAAUAAUAAUAGAGGUAGAGGAGCUGAUAGAGUUUAUGAUUGGGAUCCAAAUCGGAUCGGUGGUGGGAGUGCUGCGGCGGCGGCAGCAAUGGCGGCAUUUCCAGGUUCGAUUGGAUUACAAAGGCAAUCAAGUGGGAGUAGUUUUGGUGAGAGUUCGAUCUCUGGUGAGUAUUAUUUACCGUCAUCAUUAUCGACAGUGGAAGUCACUACGCAUGGUGGUGGAGGUGGAGGUGGAGGUGGAGGAGGUGGUCUUGGUGGGGUUGAAUUGAGGAUUAAGCAAGUGGAAAGUAAUUUGUGUGGCGGUUCGUCUUCGAAGAGCUGGGCACAGCAGACUGAGGAGAGUUAUCAGUUGCAGUUAGCUUUGGCUUUAAGGCUUUCUGCUGAAGCAACCUGUGCUGAUGAUCCGAACUUCUUGGAUCCUGUGCCUGAUGAAUCUGCAUCGCGUGCUUCAGCUUCAUCUGCUUCAGUCGAGACACUUUCUCAUCGAUUUUGGGUAAAUGGAUGCUUGUCGUACUUUGACAAAGUGCCUGAUGGAUUCUACUUGAUUCGUGGAAUGGAUCCGUAUGUCUGGAUUGUCUGCUCAGAUCUACAAGAAAAUGCCCGCAUUCCAUCUAUUGAAUCAUUGAGAGCUGUUGAUCCCUCUGUAGUACCAUCAGUCGAAGUGAUUUUGAUUGAUCGGCGUACCGAUCCUAGCUUGAAAGAACUACAGAAUCGGAUCCAUAAUCUCUCGCCUAGUUGCAUCACACCAAAAGAAGUAGUUGAUCAGCUCGCUAACCUGGUCUGCAAUCAUAUGGGGGGCGCAGCUUCUGCCGGAGAAGAUGAGUUGGUUCCUUUGUGGAAGGAGUCCAGUGAUGACCUGAAGGAUUGUCUAGGAUCCACGGUGCUUCCCAUUGGUAGCCUGUCUAUUGGCCUUUGUAGGCAUCGAGCUUUGCUAUUUAAAGUGCUAGCUGACGUCAUUGAUUUACCAUGUCGCAUUGCCAAAGGAUGUAAAUAUUGUAACAGAGCUGACGCUUCCUCGUGUCUUGUUCGAUUUGGACUUGACAGGGAGUACCUGGUUGAUUUAAUUGGGAGCCCUGGAUGUUUAUGUGAACCAGAUUCCUCGCUCAACGGCCCAUCUUCUAUCUCAAUUUCUUCACCAUUGCGAUUUCCGAGAUUCAGAGAAGUUGAACCAACAACUGAUUACAGGUCACUUGCCAAACAGUAUUUCUCGGAUUGUCAAUCACUUAAUCUUGUGUUUGAGGAUUCUUCAGCAGGAGCUGCUGUUGAUGGAGAUGCAGGACAAACUGACCAAAAUAACACAGAGAGAAAAAGGGCAGUUCCUGGUCCAAGUAACCUUGAUGAAAUUUCUGAGUCACCUGUGCCUCCAAAUAGGAGAAGGGGUCAUGACAAAGACCGUCAAAUUACUGGUAUACGUAAUCCUCAAAAUAUCUUAAGCUCAAUGAACAUGGACAGGGACAUGGCUCCUAGAGAUAUAGGGAAUGAUAUGAGAUUUCUUGAGGGAGGAAGUCAGCUUGUUCCCGCUAAAGCAAGUAGAGAACUUGACCUUGAUAUAGAAGAUUUUGAUAUUCCCUGGGAAGAUCUUGUUCUAAAGGAGAGGAUUGGGGCAGGGUCUUUUGGUACCGUUCACCGUGCUGAUUGGAAUGGCUCUGAUGUUGCUGUGAAGAUUCUCAUGGAACAAGAUUUUCAUGCAGAGCGAUUCAAGGAAUUUUUGCGGGAGGUUGCAAUCAUGAAGCGGUUGCGACAUCCAAACAUUGUGCUUUUUAUGGGUGCUGUUACUCAGCGACCAAACUUGUCCAUAGUUACAGAAUAUUUAUCAAGAGGUAGCUUAUAUAGACUUAUUCAUAAACCCGGUGCUAAGGAGGUUUUGGAUGAAAGGCGUCGGUUGUCUAUGGCGUACGAUGUGGCAAAGGGGAUGAAUUAUCUACAUAAGCGCAAUCCUCCUAUUGUUCAUAGAGAUUUAAAAUCUCCAAAUCUUUUGGUUGACAGAAAAUACACAGUGAAGGUCUGUGAUUUUGGUCUUUCUCGUUUAAAAGCGAACACAUUUCUCUCAUCAAAGUCGGCUGCUGGGACUCCGGAAUGGAUGGCACCUGAAGUUCUCCGUGAUGAACCAUCAAAUGAGAAAUCUGAUGUAUACAGCUUUGGUGUCAUUUUGUGGGAGCUGACAACAUGGCAACAACCUUGGGUUACUUUGAACCCAGCACAGGUUGUAGCAGCUGUUGGCUUCAAGGGGAGAAGACUCGAAAUUCCACGUGACGUGACUCCUCAAGUGGCAAGCAUUAUUGAGGCUUGCUGGGCCAAAGAACCAUGGAAACGUCCCUCCUUUGCUGCAAUCAUGGAUAUGCUGAGACCACUAAUUAAACCUCCUGUAGCACCUCCUCAAUGAGGUCGUACGGACAUGCAGUUGCUUUCGUGAAUGCUUGUAAUAGAUGUAUCAUUUCUGCACAUAUUUGGCAUUCUUUCUUAAUCAUGUUCUGGGAGGAACAAAUCUUCGCUUACUUCAGGCUUUUGUUCUGUACAUAGUAGUUCAGAAUGCCCGUCUAGAGCCGGUAUUUUUCUUUUUUUCUCCAAACAAAUUCAAGCUUCCACUUCUGCAACUUCCCCCAGAAGACCAUUUGCAAUUGGCUUGUAUGCUUCCUCCUUGGAAAUAUUGUUCAGCCAUGUGAUUUUGUUAAUGCCAAGCAAUAACAGUUCAUGAUUUUGUAUGUGUAAGAAUUUGUAUGGGAAGUUGUCUUAUAGUAUGUGCUUUCACAUGCACGUAGCUUUUGUUUCAUAUGCUGUGUUUCUCCCUUAGGGAUUUCGCUUGUGGAAUUACAUUGGAUAGUUUACGUAGGGAUACACAGGGUAUGUUGUCGCGUAAUUACAUUGGAUGGUUUAUGCA